GAUAAGAGACUUGGGACCAUGCGCUUGGGACGCCCGUCAAAAUGGCGGACCAGAACAACUUCCGGUUCAGGGGAAGACCGAAGAGCGAGGAAAGAUCAAAUAAGAGACUAGGGAAGUACCCUCAUGUAUCCUCAUUCCUUAUGACUAAACCCUGGGUGUAUAAUAAGAGCUCUCAUAAUACAUCCAUGGCCUAAACCUAAUCAACCUAACCAAGGAAGGCAAUGAGUAUUAGCCAAUCAGAGGCGGAGUAGGGCGGGUCUUCGCGGAAUGAGGGUGGAAAAAAGGCGUCCUGGCCAUAGUUGGAAAUAAGCAUUCAACUGUGUGCUGUACCGCUGACGUGACGACUUGACACCGCCCGACUAUCCGUCGCGUUCCUCGACUACUUUUCUCCGCCCAGUCCUUGGUUGUAGCCUUGCUGAGAGGUGUUUGGUUCUAGUGGUGGGUGGAGUACCUUCCUCCAGCAGCCAUGUCGGGCUUCAAUCUUCUGCAUCUAGUAACCAAGAGUCAGCCUGUAACUCUGAGGUCCUGCAGUCUUCCCACAGGAGCACGUCGAACUAAGAAGACAUGGCCAGUGAGCUUCUCUCAGGAAGAGAUAAAGAAACGCCUCACACCAAUGCAGUAUCAUGUUACCCAGGAGAGAGGAACUGAGAGUGCCUUCGCAGGGGAGUUCACAGAUCAUAAAGAUGAGGGGACCUAUGCUUGUGUUGUCUGUGGGGCUCCACUGUUCAGCUCUAAUGCUAAAUUUGACUCAGGAUCAGGUUGGCCAUCCUUCUUUGACCUUAUGAAGGAGGAGUCCAUCACUCUGUCAGAUGAUUUCUCCUAUGGGAUGCACAGAGUGGAGACUACCUGCAGCCAGUGUGGAGCUCAUCUGGGACACUUGUUUGAUGACGGACCAAGACCCACAGGAAAACGCUACUGCAUCAACUCGGCCUCGCUGGCUUUCCAGCCCAAAGAUACAGCCUCCUCCAUCUCCAGCUCCACGGCUGAGGGUGAAGCUGUCAGCUCAGUGAGCGACAGGAAGACAGAGCUUUGAAAGAAUGACCAAGCAAGACUGACGGCUGUGUAUGUGUAGGAAGUCCAACAAUUUACACACAUCAAAUAGUUAGAUGUUCUGUGUGUUUUAUUCACAAGGUACAGAUACAGUAUGUGGUUAUAUUGAGAGGAAGGAAGGUGCUCAGGUCUCAGACACAGACCAGAUACUCUGGUGUGAGAAGGAGAACACUUCCAAAACAGCCAUUUUGUUGGCACAGUCAAAGCUGUAAGACACACUAUAUCAGUGGAUUGCCUUAAAGGGAUCUUUCAGGAUUUGUCAACCUUAGUGUUUUUCUCCAUUAUGAUUAUUUGUUAGAGGGGAGCAGGAAGAGUAUCUGGUAUGCUCUGUGUUCUUCCUUUCCCAAUUAACGUUUUGUUGCUGGAAUCUGUGUUUCUCAACUGUCUCAAACAGAGGACGUGACUAAAAUUUGAUCAUGACUGACCAUGGACAUGACCCUGAACAGAAGUAUAACACCCAUGUUGACAAAUACCAUUUUCCCUGGUUUUCCUUUUACUUUCAUAGGUGGAUGAAGUGCUUUGUAGUACACACACACACAUAUAUAAUGUAGAGAUUUUGAUAUUAUAACUUAAAAUAUUUUAUUAGAGUAUAUUUUUGAAGUGAUGUUUGAUACUGAGAGGUUGAUUUAUGCAAGUGCUCCUGUCAGCAGUGACACAGGCAACAAUGGAGCAUAUUGUGACAGAUGGUAGUGUGAGCAAAUAAUGUAUAUUUAAUCCCUUUUGGUCACUUUCUGUAUUUGUUCUUUCUUUAGUUCUUUGCAUUAUGAAAUAUUUUCAGUUUUUCUUCACAGCUUGCAUUAACACACUUAAUAGAUAAAUAAAUAUCUAGAAGGAG